AUGUGCUACAGGAAGAAAACCAUAUACACCCGCUGCCACCACGCCACGACCGAAGACCAAGACUGCGAAGCCCAAAAACGCCAAACCCACCUCGAGCGCCUGCGCCGCCUCUCCGGCACGACGACGGCGUCUAGACGAAGCGCCGCCUCCUGGCUCCAUUUCUUCUUCUUCUGCUGCUUCCCCGCCGUCUACUCGUCGCCCACACGCACCCCGCCGCCGACCGCGAGGAACUGCUGGCUCGAAGACGUCGCGGUCGAGGUCGACGGCGUGUGUCCGCGGUGCCGGCUCUGGCGGGCGCAGGAGCGGGCGGUCGUCGAUAGGAGACACAGGUAUGACGAACACGAGCCCGCGCGGAGACGGAGAGCGGGUGUUGGUGCAUUUGCUGACCCGAGUUGUGGACAGGAGAGAGAGGGGGACGUCCGGAUGAGGGACGCGGAGCGGUACGGGGAGAGCGGGAGGAGGAGCCGUAGGGGGUAUAGGCAGGAGGACGUGGAGAGGAUUCAGGCGCCGGAACGGGCGUAUCGUCCGUACCGGGCCGAAGAGCCCCGGGGAAGACAUGACGGCGAUACUAUGCGGAGCCCGCGACGGCCUGGUCGGGACUUUGUGCCGUACGUCGACCCUCCGGCCCCGGUGGUCGCCCCGUCGUCGCGUACGACGCAGCUCAGGAAUCAGGAUUCGACAUCUCACUUUCAGCCUGCACCUCUUCAAGUUUCAAACGUCAAGCAGAACCAGGACUUCACGAAGAACAGAAGCAAGAGCAACAACCAAGACGCCCCGAGAAGAACGGGACGGAGCGCGAUUGGGGGUUUGCAGAACCCCCCGAUGAGCGUCCUGGUAGAGGACGUGGAGAAGACUUGGAGCCGGGACCCUCCAGCGGCGGCGACGGCGGGCACGGCGAGCUCGUCGCGGCAUGCGCCGACCAUGAGCCCGGCCCCGUAUACCCCGGACUUACCUGUGGAAGAGCUGAUUGACGAGGUUGAGCUACUGUGGCAGAUGAGUACUAGUAGCGGUGGCAGUGGCAGUGGCAGAUCAUGA